AUAACAAAGAAAAAAAAAACAGAGAAGAAGAAGAAGAAAAAAAAAAUAAAAUCUCCGCCAUGAACGCGAGAGCUCUUCUUUGCUCUCCAAAUCUUCACUCUCUCUACACUUCAAAUCGUCCACCUGAGAAAACCUCUUACCGAAACAUCAAACCAGCUCCCAAGUCGUUACGGGUAUGGGUUUACCCGCGGAAUCGGUCCGGCGUUUUCCGGGUAUUAGUUCGGAGCUCCGACAAGAGAGAAAGCAGUAAUUCGUAUUACAUAGAUGAAGAGAGAGUGAGUCAAAACGAAGUCGUUUCUGAUUCUUCGACUAGCUCGAUCGUCGUCCCAUGGUGGGAAGAGUUUCCGAAGCGGUGGGUGAUUGUGUUACUCUGUUUCUCAGCUUUUCUUCUCUGCAAUAUGGACAGAGUGAAUAUGAGCAUAGCUAUACUUCCUAUGUCAGCUGAGUAUGGUUGGAAUCCAGCAACUGUUGGUCUGAUUCAGUCUUCUUUCUUCUGGGGUUACCUUCUUACUCAGAUAGCUGGUGGGAUAUGGGCAGACACUGUAGGUGGGAAAAGGGUUCUUGGAUUCGCUGUUAUUUGGUGGUCAAUCGCAACAAUUCUUACUCCUGUAGCUGCUAAACUUGGUCUUCCUUACUUGCUCGUUGUUCGUGCUUUCAUGGGAGUUGGAGAGGGUGUUGCAAUGCCGGCUAUGAAUAAUAUAUUGUCGAAGUGGGUGCCUGUGCAAGAGAGAAGCAGAUCUCUUGCGCUUGUUUACAGCGGAAUGUAUCUUGGAUCCGUUACUGGUUUAGCCUUUUCGCCUUUCUUGAUUCAUCAGUUUGGAUGGCCCUCUGUGUUUUACUCUUUUGGGUCUCUUGGAACUGUAUGGCUGAUUCUGUGGCUAACUAAGGCAGAGAGUUCACCACUAGAAGAUCCAACCUUGCUCCCUAAAGAAAGAAAGCUGAUUGCAGACAACUGUGCCAGCAAAGAGCCAGUGAAGUCGAUCCCUUGGAGGCUGAUAUUGUCGAAACCGCCGGUUUGGGCUCUCAUCGGUUGUCACUUUUGUCACAACUGGGGAACAUUUAUCCUCUUAACCUGGAUGCCAACUUAUUACCAUCAAGUGUUGAAGUUCAACCUAAUGGAAUCAGGGCUUCUCUCAGUAUUUCCAUGGAUGACAAUGGCGAUUUCUGCAAAUGCUGGAGGAUGGAUCGCUGAUACACUCGUCAGCCGAGGUUUCUCUGUCACAAAUGUCCGCAAGAUAAUGCAAACAAUUGGGUUUCUUGGACCAGCGUUCUUCCUAACACAGCUGAAACACAUAGACUCUCCAACAAUGGCCGUUUUGUGCAUGGCUUGUAGCCAGGGGACAGAUGCGUUUUCACAGUCUGGUCUAUACUCUAAUCAUCAAGACAUUGCUCCAAGAUACUCUGGAGUGUUACUUGGUUUGUCUAAUACUGCUGGAGUACUUGCCGGUGUUCUUGGCACAGCUGCGACUGGUCACAUCCUACAACACGGUUCUUGGGAUGACGUUUUCACGAUUUCGGUCGGUCUUUACCUUGUUGGGACCGUCGUUUGGAAUCUAUUUUCAACUGGGGAGAAGAUAAUCGAUUGAUCCAUUCCAAGAACAGUGAUUUAUCAGUGAAUAAUUCAGCUCCAAGACCUCAUCAGGUGCAUCUUCACCUCAUGCCAGUCUCCGAUUAUACAUAUCGUCAGUCUGAGAGCUUGCCGGAAUAUACCUUUUUUGCCGGAAAAUUAUCCUGGAAAAUUCUGCUCGUUGAUUUAGGCCAAAGCAUAAUAAUAUGUAGAUGAAGCUAUACGGUUAAUCUUUUGUACAUAAAACGGAAGCUCACACUGUCCACGUUUCUCAAGAUUACUUAAAAUCUCUC